UUUAUAGUUCCGUGUUUUCAGAAAGCGUCUUGAACCUUCACCGUGCACGUGGCUGUAGGUCGAGCAUGGAGAAGUUAGAGAUCAGCUGUGUGUCUCUGAUUGUUUAGGAUUUUGCCAUAUUCACUGGAUGUGUUAAGUUGCUAAAACCGAUAAUCUAGUAGUUCCUGUAGAAACCUCAACAUGGUUUGGAUUAGCAGAGCGUUAUGGCGAAAGUACGGAAACUUUGUGGACAACCUGCGGCUGUAUGUAAGGGGUGGGAGCGGUGGCAUGGGCUUACCCCGAAUGGGAGGACAAGGUGGAAAUGGAGGAGACGUGUGGGUGGUGGCUAAAAAAGACCUUACUCUGAAACGCAUCAAAGACAGAUUCCAGCAUAAACGAUUCAUUGCUGGUGUGGGCUUCAACAGCAGUAUCCGUGCACUGAAAGGUGCUAAAGGAGGCGAUGUGGAAAUCGUUGCACCCACUGGAAUCUGCGUGACCACAGAUGAUGGGAGGCUAUUAGGAGAGUUGAACCAUGAAGGAGAAAGGGUUCUAGUAGCCAGAGGUGGUCUCGGCGGAUCUCUUCACUCUGGGUUUUUACCCAGUAAAGGACAGACACAGCACAUCCGACUGGAUCUCCGGCUCAUCGCAGACCUGGGUCUAGUGGGGUUUCCUAAUGCAGGUAAAUCCUCUUUAUUGACGGCCCUGUCACACGCCACACCUCAGAUCGCCAGCUACCCAUUCACAACUUUGAGACCUGAGAUUGGGAAAGUGAUGUAUGAGGACCACAAGCAGGUGUCAGUAGCAGAUUUGCCCGGCUUGAUCGAGGGUGCUCAUAUGAACCGAGGCAUGGGCCACAAGUUCCUAAAACAUGUGGAAAGAACAAAACAGCUCAUGUUUGUGGUUGACGUCUGUGGGUUUCAGCUGGCCAGUAAAACACCAUUUAGAUCUGCAUUUGAAGCAGUGCAGCUACUGACAAAGGAACUGGAGCUGUAUAAGGAGGAGCUGAUGUCCAAGCCAGCCAUCCUGGUGGUUAAUAAGAUGGACCUGCCUGAUGCUGAGGAGAAGCUCAGAGAGUUGGAGACCCAGCUGGAGAAUCAGGAGGAAUUGAGUCACCUCCUGCCUGAGGACAUGAUCCCCAAGAGCUUCCUCCACUUUAAACACACCGUUCCUGUUUCAGCCCUGACUGGCCUCGGGCUUCCUCAUCUCAAAACAGUCAUCCGUGAGUCGCUGGAAGAGCAAGAAGCUAUAAAAUUGGAGCAGCAGCGUAUAGAGAGGCUUGAGGAACUGAGAAAAGAGAUUCCUGUUGUUUCCAAGCCUGUCUGGGGUCAGCCUUGCUCAGAGCCCUUAAACUGAAACUGAACUUACAAAAUGGGACAUAACGGUCAUUAUUGCCAUUAAGUAGCUACCAGUUCAUUGGAACAACUGGACUGAUUUCAAUGAAUCCACCAAUGACCAGUCUCUUUUCAGACCUUCUGGCUUCUGUGAAAAGUUUUCCAAAGCGACUCUUAUGCACAUUAACUUAUACACAUAAGACGUUUCCACCUUUCAACCUUUCCACAUUUUAUAAUGCCUGGAACUGAAAUGGACAUAAGUGAGAUUGCACAUACAUUGGACACUUUUUUAGGUCCAGCUUAUUCAUGCAAUUAUUUAAUCAGUCAACAACACGUUUCCUGAGGAGGAAACUGAGUACCUGGAGGAAAGUCCAUGAAUCACAGGGAGUAUAUGUAAACCCUUGUGUGCUCUGAGUGGAACUCCCAACCACGGAGGUGCUAGACAAAUGUGUUGAAAAAUGAGCACUUAAAAUGAAUUACAUUUAAAAUGUGUCUAAUUUUUGACUCGACGUCUAAUGCGGCCCGUUAUCUAAAACGCCUCUGAUUUAAACAGACUAUAUUCACCUGUAGUACCAGAUUUCCACAGCAAGAUGGUGCCACUAGAGCCAACCACUCCACCUAGUGUUUAGUUUUAAAACAGUUUCUUAAUUUAAUACCAUAACCAGAUAUAUAGGCUUUGACAUUGUGAUUCAGAUCAGAACUGGAAAAAGAAAAAAAAACAGAAGCAAGCAACACCUCUGUCCACAACUUUGUUAAUCCAUGGGCAGUAUUUCUGAAAAAGGAUUAAGUCUAGUUAAAGAUUAAGUGCCCUUUUAAACCAAACUAACUCUCAAUCACUUCCUAAAUAUCUUAUGGUCAUUAUAAUGCAAAUUUUGAAGAAUAAGUUUUAACUUUAUUUUAAUCAAAGAAGAGACUAUUAUUAUUAUUUAGAUUAUUUGGACUAUGUUAAUUAAACCCAUGCUUAAGCCCAUACUAUUUACAAAAAUGAGUAAGUGGAUAUGGGAAUUUCCUAGGACUGGCAGGCUGCCAUCAAACAACAGAUCAGUACAGGAUGUCCCAGGUGUAUGCAGCCUACAUUAAGAUGAAUAUUUAAUGCAAUUAUAUUUGUAUUGCACUAUAACCAAUGGACAGUGUUGUGAAACAGCUUUACAGGAAUAUAGAAAUAUACACAACCCAAUGAUCCCCUCAACUAUACCCCUUCAUCAUCAUGUGUUUUCCAAAGAUGAUGAUGGGAUUUCCCUAAAAUUUCCCUUUCGGACUGAAGAAGCUGCUCGGAUGAGUAGUGAAGUGUUUCGAUCUAACUAGAAAGAAGUCCAGUUGACAUGACUCAACUUUCAGGUUCCCUUGUGGACAUUUUGUUCUUAGACUCAUCCUUCAUCCCUCAUGUCCUUACACGGUAUCUGUAUUGAGUAAUAUAAACAAUGAUUAAUAAUGAAUAAUGUAUCAGCAAAAGUUAAAUAGUUCUUUUAGAUUUGGGCAUCAGUAUUAAAUUUAUUACAAAGUUUAUCAUGGGACGAACUUCUACUUCCACUAGCUUUUUAAAAUUAUAGGUAGUGUAAGAUGCAUCAUUUUGAUAGCACAUGGUGCAUUCUUGUACAGUCAUACUUUUCAGUUUAUGAAGUACAUUAAACACAAAAUAAGUGCUCCUGUAUUGUGAUUAUAUAUAUUUCUUCUGUUUUGGUUAAAUUCAACCAAAGUACCUGUAGCUGAAACACCUAGAAUGUGCCACUUAAUUGAAUGUAUAGGUGUUGAUGAGGGGAUAAAUAAGCAAUUUUUAGAAGUAUUUACAUAUGAAAUUGUCCCACACAAAAAACACACAAGUCUACCACAUAUUGCGCAACAAUAAGACAACUCAGCACCAGCAAGAGUUAGCAGAUGAAACGUUCAGGCUAACAUUAACUUCUGAUUUGCUCACCAGCAUCUUCUUGGUAUCAGUACCAACAACGAUAACAAUAAGCCUAGAAAAAAUGUUUUUUUUUUUUUUUUUAGGUUUCUUUAAGGCUUCAUUGUAUAAUGAAAGGUUCUUUUCCUUCUAAAUGGUUCUUCCUGGAGACCUGUUAAAGAAAAACUCUACUGUGGAGAUCUACAAAUCUUUUAAGCACUCAUCCUGAAGCACUGUUUUAUGAGCAAUUACCUAAACCAAAUGUACCUUCAUUGUGUUAAUUACCUUAACACUGAAAGAUUUUUUAAUCAGAAAGAAGCUCUAAUUUCCCAUACUUAGUAGUUAAAAUAUUUAUUAUAAAAAGUGUGUGGAGAGGAGUAGCAUUCAUUCUGUGGCAUACUAAAACUUCUUAUUCUAAAUACUAAUGUGUAUUGUGUUUGUUUGUGUCUUUAAACAAUUCACUUAAAUUCAAUUUAUAUAGAGCUUUUAACCAUGGACAUUGUCUCAAAGCAGUUUUACAGAAAUAUAAACAUUCUGAAUAAAAAUGACAAAGUUUACAAUUAGAUGUAUAUUUAUCCCUGAUAAGCAGGCCUGAGGCAGCAACUUAGAAAAGCUUUAAAAUCUGGUCCAUCUGGUAAGAUAAUGAUGAUUAUAACAUUAACAUUUUAUCAUGAAAUGGUUCAUAGGUGUUACAUACAGUCUGUUCUUUGACACAGUGUGUAUUGCAUGUUGUUUGUUUCAGUAUGAUUCAGACUAAGAAAAAAUGUCACAUGCACAUUGUGUGUUGUCA